UAAAUGGAUUAAAACCGUAGUUAAAAUGCAGAGGGUUAAAUGGUACUAGGCCUGUAAUAGUAGUGGUAAUUAAGUUCCCAGUACCCUUUCUUUGUAGGCCUACAGUUCUAAAUAUGAAUAGUAUCACCCAGGUCACGUCGACUCAUGUCUUACUAAUGCAGGUAUUCAACUGUAACAAAUAAAAUCUUUGUUAUUGUACUCCUAAUUUGAAUGUGAAGAGUCUGUAUUCCUCUAUAAAUUAAUACUCUGUCAAGCUUGUGAACAGAAUAGUUCAAAGUUCGAAGUUUUAAUCUUUGCUAAAAUUACUAGUCUGUCUCUGAGGAGGUACACAUAAUUUUAAAGGAAUCAACAUGAAGGCAGAUUGUAUAGAAAGGCCACUAGCUCGGUUGUACAAGUCGUACGGAUGUUGGCUUGCGAAGCAUCCAUUAUUGGUCUUGGCUGUUUCUGUCGUAAUAACUGCCAUUCUUGGGGCUGGGGUUGCACUCCUCGAAGUUGAAAGAGAUGCUGAGCGACUGUUUACUCCCAAUCAGAGCAAUGGCAAAUUGGAGCGGGAGAUGGAGGAGACAUUAUUUAAUGCUACAGUCGUAAACGGAACGUUGGCUAACCGGCUAACAAGGACUACUCCAAGCGCUAGUAUUAUUCUGGUUAUCAAAGAUUCAAGUAAAAGUAUUACUGCAAACAAAGCUAGACGAGAGAUUUUAAGGAUAGAUCAGGGGAUUAAAGCAUUAGUUCGGAGUAAAAACAACAAAACGUACGAAUCAAUCUGUUUAAAGUUUUAUGAACGUUGUCCCUCCAACGAAAUAAUUGAAGUUUUCAAAUUUUUAAACAACACCCAUAAUGAUGUGGUCAUAACGUAUCCGACUGUCAUUCUUGAUAAUAGUAAACCUUAUUUUAUUGGAUCAUCUUUAGGAGGCGUAGAUCUUGAAAAUGGAAUAAUUCUCAAGAAAGCGGUGGCUGUAAGGCUGUUUUAUCCGCUGUCUGAUGAAUCUAGUAGCCUUGAAUGGGAAGAGAAUUUCUUAACCUAUGUGGAAAAUCUAAAAUUGAAAGAAAUUAUCGCUUACGGUGCUAUUUCGUCGUCAUUAUCAAGGGCACUUGAUGUGGCUAGGAUAGAGACAAAUCCACAAAUUGUAUUAUGUGUCCUAAUUUUAGUGACAUUUUCGGUAGUAAGUAGCACAAAGCUUGACUGUGCUCAAAACAAGCCUGUAUUAGCACUAUUGGGUGUCGUGUCAGCCGGCUUAGCAACACUGUCAACUAUCGGACUCAUGGCCUAUUUCGGAGUUAAAUUCAAUGUACUCAUCACCGCGACACCUGUACUUGUUAUAAGUGUAGGGGUUGAUGACAUGUUUAUCUUGGUUGCCGCUUGGAGAAAGACGAGCAUUAGAGCGCCAAUUGAGAAGAGGACGGGUGAGGCAAUGGAAGAAGCCGCGCUUUCGAUUACCAUAACCAGUCUGACUAAUACCCUUGCUUUCGCUUUUGGUAGCAUUUCACCAUUUCCUGCUGUACAGGCUUUUUGCUUAUACACAGGUGUAGCUGUUAUGUUUGACUUUAUAUAUCAAGUAACAUUCUUUUCUGCAUUUAUGGUUCUUACUGGAAAACGCGAGCGCGCAAAUCGACAUGCUCUUACUUGUAAGAAAGUAGUCCCGAAGAGUAAAGCACCUUCAACUUCAUACCUAUAUUGCUGCGCUGGUGGUUCGGAUAAAUUAGAUAUUGGAGGGCAAGAGAAACAUCCACAUGUCAUCAUGAAAUUCUUUAGAGAUGUAUAUGGAGAGUUCUUGAUGAAUACAUGGACAAAACUAUUUGUAUUUUUUAUCUACGUAACUUAUAUAUCAAUUUCUAUUUUAUACAUGCUUCAGAUGAAAAUAGGUAUUGAAAGACGGUUAUUAGCACCAAAAGGGUCUGGAAUUGCUAGUUAUUACGCGCAAGAGAUUGAGAAUUUUGAUUUAUUUGGUGCUCAAGUUUGCAUUUUCUUCGACAAAGAACUCAGUUACUGGGAUAUGUCAACUCAACAAAAUCUGGAAUCAGAUAUUAAUCAAUUUGAAUCUACACAUGUGUUUCAUUCGGCGAAAUUUACGACAUUCUGGUUGAGAGAUUAUAUGCAGUAUCUUAAAUUACAUAAUUAUACAAAAUAUGGGAAGGAUAAGUUUAUUAAUGUUCUUAUAACGGAGUUUCUGACUGAUCCGCAAUACAAGCAGUAUACUCUCGAUAUUGUAUUUAAUCAAAGUAACGAUACAAUAAUCGCAUCCCGUGCUUACGUUUCCUCAAAAAACAUAAGCGGUGCCGAUCGCGAACAAGAUCUUACUCGGACAGCUAGAGAUCUCGCUCAGAAGUCUGGUUUUCCAAUGAAUGUCUUCGCACAAGAUUUCAUAUAUUACGAUCAGUACUUUUUCAUAUUGCCAAACACAGUGAAAAACAUGAUAUACUCUGCUAUAUCAAUGUUAUUUAUAUCUUUACUUCUCAUUCCAAGACCACUGGUUUCUGUUUGGGUCGUCUUGACAAUAGUUUCAAUCGAAAUAGGAGUCCUGGGAUUCAUGACGUCAUGGAAUAUAAACUUGGAUUUCCAGUCGAGUAUCUUUGUAACUCUUAGCACUGGAUUCAGCGUCGAUUUCUCGGCUCAUAUCGCGUAUACAUACGCCGUUGCUCCGUACAAGCUCGGAAACAAACGGACAAUAUACGCCCUAUACUCUGUAGGAAUGCCAAUGCUGCAAGCAGGUCUAUCUACCGUUCUAGGACUGCUUGCCCUCAGCAAUUCAACCACAUACAUUCUAAGUGCAGUCUUCAAAAUUAUAUUUCUAGUCACUGUGAUUGGUGUUAUACAUGGGCUUGUAUUCUUGCCGGUGUUUUUAUCAGUCUUGGGGUCUUGGAAGAAGAUUCGCCAGAUUGUUAUGCGUCAGGACCCUAUCGAACUUCAGGAAUUAAAACCACGUGAUGUUUACGUAGUGGAUAGUAACCCAAAUUUAAAGGAAACAAACCCUGACAACACCUAUGAUCUAAAUGGAAAAGUACAAAUAUUAGACGAUUUUGCUGUUUUCGCUGAAACGUAUUUAUAAUAAUCUUAAUUAUGUAAUACAAUUAAUUUCGUUAAAACACAACAGAACAGUUACCGUACUAGCCACUUAUAUAAGCAUUUUCUAUGUGCCAAAGAAAGCAAGCUUUAUAUUUAGUCGCAUAACUCAUCGCUUCAUUGACACAAAGAAAGUCAGCUUUAUCUAUUAUUCAAUCAAUGAUCCGAAAAAUGCACGUAUUACACACUGAUCUUCUAUCAGUGAAAGCUUUUUCGAUAAGCAAAAAAAAAAAAAAAAA